AUUGGCCCUCUUCGCAGCGAUCAUAACAUUUCCUGGUUUUUGCAAAAGUUUCUCUCAAAAAUGUUUCAUGUGAUGAAAAAAAAGAGGUUGUAAUUCGGCGAGAAGAAAUAUAUAUAUAAAUAUACUGUAUGAUUAUUAAAUAAAAUAAACGGAGAUAGUACAACCACAAUGGGUUGUUUACAUGUUUUCCGCUAAUUUUAAAUGAUUUUUACACAGCUGUUUUAGGUUCUAAAGUCGGUGCUACUUUUUGGGAGUGAACUUUAAACAGGCAGACAGAAAAAAACACAUUCUCCAGCCCCUAAUAUGGCGAAUAACCAGGAUCGAUCCAGGCGCCCCCCGAAAAUGUACUUGGUAAUGACCGAGUACAAAGCGAAUGACCAGCUGGAAGGCGCCAUUCGCAUCCUGCAGGGGAGUCUGUGUCAGAGGCAGGAAGAGGCAUUAGAAAUGCGCCCUCAAGUGGUGGCGGCUCAGAAACGCAACCGGUCUGAACAGGUGUGGGUUAAGGUGCUGGACUCAGGCCACGUAUUAAAGGUUGGGAAAGGCGCACUGACAGAGAUCAGCGAGGACCUGGCUUCCCUUCUACAGCCAGUGUCCGACCUGCAGGAGAGGCUGGCUCUGUCCAGCAACCCCGCCCGUCUGCUGCGAUUGGGCAACCUGCACCUGGGGGCGGGGCUUCGUGUCCAGCUCCACCAAUCACGGGAAAAGGCCCCGGGAGUGUUGCGAUACGUGGGUCCACUGCCAGGGGGCAGUAGUGGGGUUCAUUUUGGAGUGGAGCUACAGGGCUGGGCUGUAGGUCACGGCUUCACUAAUGGCUCCUAUAAGGGGCACCAGCUGUUCCAGUGCCCGGAGAACGGGGGCGUGUUCGUCCCAGUGAGCCGGCUGGAGCGGAGUGGGGGGGAGGCGGAGGUCCUGUCCCGAGGAGCAGACUGCUCCAUCACGCCUGGCAACCGGGUGUACUUCCACAUGGAGAACACGGAGCAGCAUGGAAACGUGGCGUUCUGCGGAGUCCUGCCCACCAAGGAGGAGCUGGGGGUCUUCGUGGGAAUCAGACUGGAUAAUGCUGUCGGCUCUUGGGAUGGUUAUUUCAAAGGGACCCAGUUGUGUAAUUUUCCGUCGCCUAACUAUGGCAUUCUUCUACCCAUCAGUAAAGUUGUUAAAGUUAUUUCUGAGAGAAGCCAGAACACCCGCCUGCACAGAAAAUCACACAGAGACCACAGUCCUGAGAUCGAAUCUGGAAGUACAAAGUGGUACGUCGGCAAGAAAGAGCAUCCAACUAAGAAGGAAGCUUCAGAAAGGACAGGUAGAAGUGGGGACUACUCGGGUCCUUCAGAGGACCCCUCUAGAGUUCCCAGAACAGUGCCUGUGCGUCACCACCUCCCAGAACCCCUGCGAUUGGAUGAAAACACACAGGCUUCUCCCCCAGUUCCUCAGACCAGCCAAUCCUCUCCUUCCCACACUCACAUGUCCCGCCCAGAUCACCAGGGCAAACAGUCUGAAUGGGAGGGACCAGGUCUGGAGGUUAAUUCCAUGGUUCAAGUCAAUGACCCUCCCUUAUAUGGUGUAAUUCGAUGGAUUGGGAAAAUAACAGGCUAUCCAGAUCCAAUAGCAGGACUAGAACUGGAUGAUUUCCUGCCAGCAGGCACUGACGGUACCUAUCUUGGGGAGCGAUACUUUCAUUGCACCCCAAACAAAGGUCUCUUCGUCAAACUGAAAAACUGCCGCUCAGAUUCUAGAUUCCCCGCCCACCAAUUCCCAGCCAAUCAGAUCCAGCGCUGCAACUCGAUAGCUUUUGCUGAGUGGACUAGCGAGGUCGUUGAAGAUCACACGCCCCCCACAUUCGGAGAAGAAGCGAAGGAACGAUUCAUUGGUUGGAAGAGAGGGAUACAGGGCAACUGUAACUCCUGCUACCUCGACGCUACUCUAUUCUGUCUCUUUUCAUUCAGCUCAGUUCUGGACACGGUGCUCCUGCGCCCCAAAGGGAAGAACGAUGGCGAACUGUACCGGGAAACGAGGGCCCUGCUGCGGAGCGAGAUCGUCAAUCCCCUGAGAAAACAUGGUUACGUGUGCGCCACCAAAAUAAUGGCUCUUCGGAAAAUUCUAGAAGCUGCAGGGAAAUCUUCCGGAUUCACGAGCGAAGAAAAAGACCCUGAAGAAUUUCUCAACAAACUGUUCCAAGUCCUCAAAGUUGAACCACUUUUAAAAAUCAGGUCAGGUGGCCAGAAACCCCAAGACUGUUAUUUCUAUCAGCUGUUUCCAGAAAGAGAGACAAGGGUUCGAAUUCCUUCUGUCCAGCAGCUUCUAGAAUGGUCUUUCGUCCACUCCGACCUCAAAUUCAGUGAGGCUCCUUCGUGUCUCAUAAUUCAGAUGCCUCGAUUUGGAAAGGAUUAUAAAAUGUUCAGCGCGAUUCUCCCUUCCUUACAGCUCGACAUCACAGACCUGCUGGAUAACACCCCUCGCGAAUGUUCUCUUUGUCAGGGGCUGGCAUUGCUGGAGUGUAAGGAGUGCUAUGAAGAGACAGACAUCACUCCUGGGAGAAUCAAGCAGUUCUGUGCCACCUGUAGUAAACAGGUCCACCGGCACAGGCAAAGGCUGUCCCACAGUCCUCAGCGGGUGCGUGCUCCGGAGGGGGAGUGGCCUGUGGGUGGGGAGGAGUCUCGUGCGAUGCCACGUGAGACUCUUGAUUUGUACGCUGUGCUGUGUAUUGAGACCAGUCACUAUGUCAGCUUCGUAAAGUACGGGGAGAAGGUGACCGACUGGCUCUUCUUUGACAGUAUGGCAGACCGGGAAGGAGGAGAGAAUGGUUUCAACAUUCCCCAAGUCUCCCCAUGUCCAGAGGUCGCCCCCUUUCUGCAGAUGUCUGCAUUGCAGCUGAGAGAUUUUGAUUCAAAAUCCAUUCAGGGUUGUGCCAGGAGAUUGCUCUGUGAUGCGUACAUGUGUCUCUACCACAGCCCAUCUCUCAGCCUCUACAAGUGAGCCACCGGCCUCUGCAGCUUUAAUUCCCUUAAAGUGAUUGUAGCUGACAAAAUAAUUCCAUAAAUCUUUCUGCACUUCCAUGAGCUGCAUAUGUUUCAAAUGUGUAGUUUUGAAAUAAACACAUGUUCUAGAAUAACAUGCAUUUUCAUUAUAAAAACAUGUAAAUACAUGUGUGCUAAAACAUGUGUUUCUUUCAAAACUGCACAUUUGAGACCAAUAGAAUAAACGUAUGGAACUAUUGUGUUUGCUACAAUCACAAAGAAGGGUAAAAUAGUAAAUGGCAUUUGAAUUGCUUCUAUUGCUAAUAUGUGGUGUUUGCAAUCCAUGCUUCUGGGUCCUGUCUCAGUAUUGAGUUUGUUUUUCUCUAAAUCUACCUUUACCCGGCUGAGCUGCUCUGAGCUCGUCUGGAGAAUCCUAACUGCUGGGCUCUGAACAGCCUUCCGCAUUCCAUUCCUUCUAUUCCAUUAUAUUCCGUUCUGUUCUAUUAGGCUGACACAGUGAUGACGUAGUGGUUCAAGGGGGAGGGGCUUGUGCCCUUACAGCUGAAGAAAAAAAAACGACCUGUCUUUGAGGAUGUAAACAAACUGGACUGCCAGCAAUCUCUGUCUUUCUGAUAAAGUACGCAAUAAACGAAACUAUGAAAGACAGCCAGGAAUUAAACUGAGCCUGCAGCUUUACACAAUGUAUGCUAAGAUGGGUUGAGUGUUAGACAAUUACACUUAUAAACGAUGAUAUGAAGAAAGAAUCAUUAUAAUACUGAAUGUCACAUUUUUAAAAUAUAUUUGUCAAUAGUUUUUAUAUUAUGAAUGCAGUGCUGUUUUAAAUAAAAAAAUAAGUGCUUUUGAAAAUGGAUAUAAGUGUAUGUGACACGAUGGCUCCUACUGUGGUAUGGAAGCGCUGAUGCACGAGUUUAUUGAAAAUAACGAGAAAACAAAACGCUGAACAAACCUCCGGUUCGGGUCCAGGCUAUUCCACUGCCGUCCGUGGACGGGAGUUCCCAGGGCCGGCACACAACUGACUGAGCGCCGCCUGGAGUGGCGAAUGCUUAGGUCGGUCAGGGUGUCCUCAGCUCACUGCGCACCAGCGACCCCUGUAGACGGGCCGGUGCGGCUGCUGCCCUGCCUGUAAGCGGCCCAGAGCUGCGUGGUCCUCCGACACUGGAGCUCUGAGGUGGCUGCAUGGCGGGCCUGCAGAGUGAAAAGAAGCGGACGGUAUUUCAAAUUGGGGAGAAAAUGGGGCAAAAAAAAAGAAGAAAUUGGCGAUUCCAAAUUUAUUUUAAAAAAACAAAAAAUAGAACAAACAAAACAGCACGAUGGUCAAACAGACAAAAAAAAGCCCAGCCAGCUAACCCAUAACAAGUAUCGUGCUGGUCCUCCAGCGAGAGAGCAAUUGUUAUUUUACACUUCGUUCUCUCCCGCGCUUUCUCUCUAAACACCAACCCGAGUGAGCGAUUCAUGCCUCUAUAUACACAGCUGUGCCGCGACUCAAUUGCUGAUUCACUUGAAUCACAGCUCGUGAACUAAUUUGCACAAUCCCUGUGCCCCCCAUACUAAUACACAUUUGAUCUGCAUGUGAAGUGAUUAAUGCAAUCCCCGCGCCUAAAUACAAAUCUACAUUUUAAAUCACCCGUGCUACAUAGCCCACUUUAUACCCCGUGCACCAACAAUAACACGCCACAUACAACAUAAAACGCAAAGUACGCACAGGGGCACCCUGCCACAGUGCAGUUUUAUGCAAUGUUUUUAUUGUGAAUUUAUUUUAUUUCAAUAAAUAAGUUAAGGAUUUGUUUAAAUUUAAUUUUUU